AUGGCAAUGCCAUCGGGAAAUGUGGUAAUACAAGACAAAAUGCAGUUUCCAAGUGGUGGAGGUGGUGCCAGUGGCGGUGCUGGCGGUGAGAUCCAACAGCACCAUUACCGCCAGCAAUGGUUUGUUGAUGAGAGGGAUGGGCUUAUUGGUUGGCUGCGAAGCGAAUUCGCAGCUGCCAAUGCCAUCAUAGACUCCCUAUGUCACCAUUUAAGUGUGGUUGGUGACCCUGGGGAGUAUGAUAUGGUCAUUGGGGCCAUUCAGCAGAGGCGGUGUAAUUGGAAUCAGGUCCUGCUUAUGCAGCAAUACUUUUCCGUGGCUGAUGUGGCGUAUUCACUGCAGCAAGUGGCUUGGAGGAGGCAACAGAGGCCUCUGGAUCCAGUUAAAGUGGGUGCAAAGGAAGUUAGGAGACCUGGUCCGGGAUACCGGCAUGGACAUAGGAUUGACUCUCCAAAGGAAGGUUAUAGUUCUAGUGUAGAGUCUUAUUAUAGUCUUGAUGCCAAUGUUACAUCUACCAGAGGCAUGGAGAAAGGGACUCCAAUUGUAGAGAAGAGUGAAGAACAUAAAUCUGGUAGCAAGGUUGAGAAAGUGGGGGAUAAGGGUUUAGCAUCUGCUGAAGAGAAGACAGAUGCUAUAAUAAAGCAUCAAGCUGAUGGCAACAUGAAGAGAACAGGGAGUUCGGAAGGAUAUAUGUCAAAUUUAGAGUCUGAAGCUGUUGCUGUCAAUGAUGAAUGUGUAUCUAAUUCGAAAGGUUUUCUUCCUCCUGACAAUGAUGAUAGGAAUGAUUCAGAUUCUGUGGAAAGUGAACUUCAUAGCCAAAGUUUUUCUACCUUAGCAAAGACUUUUAUUGGAAAUGAAAUGAUUGAUGGGAAGAUGGUGAAUGUGGCUGAUGGACUGAAGUUGUAUGAAGAUUUACUUGAUAGCACUGGAGUUUCAAAACUUGUUUCAUUGGUCAAUGAUCUAAGGAUUUCUGGCAAAAAAGGACAGUUACAAGGAAGUCAGGCAUAUGUAGUUUCAAGAAGGCCCAUGAAAGGGCAUGGAAGGGAAAUGAUUCAGUUGGGUGUUCCAAUUGCUGAUGCCCCAGCAGAAGGGGAAAAUAUGAAUAUAGAACCUAUUCCUUCCUUGUUUCAAGAUAUUAUUGAGCGAAUGGUUUCAUCACAAGUAAUGACUGUGAAACCUGAUUGUUGCAUUGUGGAUUUCUAUAACGAGGUUCCGUAUGGAUUUUAUCCAAUAAUAAUUGGUCUGUUUGAAAAGAGUGGCAAACAAUAUCUUGCCAGCAUUCUACUUUUCUAUUUAUUGGAGUAUAUAUUGGUAUCGGAUUUGCUAAUCCAAUCUGGUAACACAAUUGUCUAUAGGGUGAUCACUCACAGCCCCACAGCUGGCCAUCAUGGUUUGGAAGGCCCGUCCCUUCUGGCUAUCCAAGGGAAAUCCAGUGAUUUUGCUAAGCAUGCUCUUCCUUCGAUACGAAAGCAACGCAUACUUGUUACCUUCACAAAGUCCCAACCAAAAAAGUCAUUACCAAGUGAUGCCCAACGUCUUUACACACCAGCAGUAUCUUCUCAUUGGAGUCCUCCACCAAGCCGAUCCCCCAAUCAUGUUCGUCAUCAUGUAGGCUCCAAGCAUUAUGCUGCACUUCCAACAACUGGAGUACUGCCAGCUCCACCCAUUCGAUCACAAAUACCACCUCAAGUUGGCAUGCAACCAUUAUUUGUUACCGCUCCAGUUGUACCUCCCAUGCCGUUUCCUGCACCCGUGCCAAUCCCACCCAGUUCCGUGGGAUGGACAACAGCUCCUCCUCCAAGGCAUCCUCCUCCUCGAAUCCCUGCUCCUGGCACAGGAGUCUUUCUACCUCCACCGGGGUCAGCUAACUCACAGCAACAGUUACCAACAGGUACAUUUGCUGACAUAAAUCCAAGCAUCGAAACUCAAACCAUGCUGGAGAAGGAAAAUGGGAAAACUAAUCAUAAUAUUAGUAGUACGUCACCAAAAGAAAAAGUGCAAAAGCAAGAAUGCAAUGGCCAUACUGAUGGAACUCCAGAUGAACCAGCUCCAGAUGACACGGCAGGAUAG